GUCCUGAAUUGUAGCCUCCUUUUUUCUUUUUUUCUUCUUUGACAAAUAGUUGUUAAGUCAUGCUGUCUUAUGUUGCGCAGCGCAACCCAUCUUUUAACAGAUGAAAACAACACCAGACACACUGGAGAGACAUUUCCAAGAAUUAUAAACCAGCCAUAAAAGACGAAAAUAGUAACUUAUCAUGGGACAUGAGACCGUUUGUAAACUCGUAUCGGACAUGUUUGGUGAAAUGCAUCUGUUUCAGACAGUCAUAUCUGAAGAGCUUAAAGGAUUAUGAACGUGAUUUUUGAUGAAUGCUCAUCAAUUCUGUCGAGAUGUUUUCGAGAGGGAAAUGUGAUGUGAAAUAUAACCGACUGAAGAGUGAAUCAGAAGCAAAGGCUUUUAACAAGAGGAUCUGUGGACUGAAGAUCUUUUAUUUUUCUGCCAUUUUAUUUGUGUUUGUCUUUAUCAUCUUUUUUUAUAUGCAAGAUUACUUUAAAACAUCUAAUGCCAAAUUUAAAGCACAUAAUGCCAAACCUAUCAUAAAAAACUACCAGAGUAAAGGCUCUGACCUGCCAAAUCCUCCUCCAAGCACACAUUUACCAUCCGUCCAAACACCACACGUCGACCACACAUCCACUAGUCCUCCGGCUCCAAAAGCGUGUGGUGUUCAAGUGAAGGACGGUCCUGUGAUCAAAGUUGGGAACCUUAACACAUAUGUGACUGGCUCUUAUAUGGAUUAUCGCUUCAGAAAAAAACAGAUAAAGACGAUUGCCAUCGUUCUCCGUGAAGAGCAGGUGGAAUACAGCUGUGUGAUGUGCUGUGAUGGGAGGAACGUGACCUCACCAGCGGAAUACACAAUUCAUUCUGACCACUUUGGUUUUGAGUACGGCACUGCUACCAUCACGUGUCACAUCAAUAGCCCGUGUUCGAUACCAACGCAUGUUGCAAUAACAGCCAGAGAGAUCUCGGAGAGAAUAACAUCCUUCCAACCUGUCAGAAACAGAGACAUUCCAGCAGUCUUCCCAUAUGAAUUUACAAUCUGCAUCUCUGUCAUGUAUGACUACAAGAAUGUGUUGAAUUUAGUCGAGUCAAUGGAGAUGUUCAGACUGCUUGGUGCUCAAAGGGUGGCGAUAUAUAAAACCAACUGUGAUUCAAACACACAGAAGGUUCUGGACUACUAUGUGAAAAGAGGUUUUGUAGAGAUCAUCCCAUGGACCAUUAAAAAUCACAUCAAAGUGUCAAGUGGCUGGAAAGAUUUAUCUUCAGGUGAACUGCAUUACUAUGGGCAAAUUCCUGCGCUUAAUGACUGUAUUUAUCGUUACAUGUACCAAAGUCACUAUGUGGCUCUACAAGACCUAGAUGAGCUCAUUCUGCCUCUCAAGGUGAAAACCUGGCUGGAGCUGUUGCCUGAGCUUGAGAAGAUGUACGGCACUACUGUGGGCUUUGAGUUUGAGAAUAAUGCUUUCCCUUUCAAUGCAAAAGCUCAUAUGGAUUAUGAGCAAGACAAAUGGAAAAAUGUACCGGGGACGAAUAUUUUAAAUUACAUAGACAAAGUACCUAAUAUCCCCAAUAGUUUCAACAAUUACAAGGUUAUAGUAAGUCCUCUGCUAGCUCUGAAGGCUACUGUACAUGGCCUGCUGGAAACUGUGAAUCCUGGACCCUCCACAGUAAGGGUGAGCAACUCCAUCGCUCGCAUGUACCACUCAAAAUACUUUGAAUUCCCCCAAAACACAAACCUUAUAAGAGAUGAUCAUCUGUGGGACUAUGUCAAAGAUCUUAUACCUGCUGUUUCUAAAGUUCUACAGGACUGUGGAUUCAUUGAGGCCUAAAUGAUUGUCGUGAUGUACUGUCUGUCACUGGUUUCAAGUCAAAUAACAAUAAUAAUAAGAAAAAUAACAAUAAUAAUAAACUAAGUCUGAAAAACAAAACAAGUGAACAGAUGCCGUCUGGAGAAAUUGGAAGUAUACUUCCCUUGUCCGUGUUCCACUCUGGCUAGCGAACAGUCUGCGUGAGGUAAAUUUUGUGUGCACACUACCUAUUGGACCAUUCUUUUCAAGCGUUCAAAUCACAACAGUGCAUGUGUGAGUGAUCUGAGCUUAAAAAAGAAUGGUCCACUAGAUAGUGUGCACACACCGAAUGCAAUUGAAAGCUUUGCAAGCUCAACUGUGUGCGAGAAAAUUGGCCUUUAUACAUUCCUACAAGUUACACAUUACUAUGAUACUGAAUUCAAAGGAGAGAUAAAUGACUAUUUCAAUGCAUACAAACGAUUCAUAUCUAAACAUAUGCCAUUCAUAAAAAAAUCACCUGACAGCUCAGGGCUUUAAGGAAUUAUGUUGGGAAAAGUAUUGACUUUUUUAUAUCAUUCAGUGAAAGCCAAACAAAUAACAAGUCAAGAACAUUGUUGGAGAUAAUGUGAAACAAUAAUAAGGGCUCAUCAUUAGCAUAUUUUCUGGGGUUUGCCUGCUUAUAAAUUCAUUUUGGGAAGAAAUACAGUCAAUUACUGAAGAUACAGGUUAUAUGUUAUACCUUGGACAUUUACCCAAUUAAAUAGCCAAAAAACUUUAAAAUAGGCUACUGAGGAUUGUAUAUCCUUAGAGUAAAAACACAACUUUACAUCUCACAGUGUCAUAUCUCACAAAGUGAAUAUAUAUCUCAUAAUGGCAACUUUGUUUGCUAAAAUUGUGACUUAAUUACUAGUGUGAUUAGUAUGACUACUCUUGUGAAAAAGUGUACUUAAUUGCAUUUGUGAAAAAGAAGUGUACUUAAUUGCAUUUAAUGUGGAUGCAAGGUAAACCUAAUUUGUAGUGCACUUUGAAUCUUAAAAGUAUAUUUAAAAAAAAAAAAAAAAACUGCUUGCAGAUAAUAUAUUAGGCCUAUAGUAAUGAAAUAAAGACUAAUAAAAGGUAAAAAAAAAAAAAAAAAAAGCAACUUUUAUAAGUUAUCUUUUUAUAAGUAUGCAAAAACUGUAGCCUACAGGGGUAUAUCUCACAAUUGUUGCUUUAUUUUUCAUAAUUGCAACUUUAUAUCUCACAAUGAGACACUAGACAUUUUAUAAUAACUUCCAUUAAUAAAUCAUUAACAAUUGUUAUGUAAUGCUUAACGGAUCAUUCUUCUUUCUUAUACAACCUUCUAAGUCACAGUUGUCAAACUCAGUUCCUGGAGGGCCACAGUCCUGCGGAGUUUAGUUUCUACCCUGAUCCAACACACUUACCUGCAGUUUUCAAAUAAGCCUGAAGGACUUGAUUACUUGGAUCAGGUAUGUUUAAUUAGUGUUGAAGCUUAACUCUGCAGAGCUGUGGCCCUCCAGGAACUAAGUUUGACACCACUACAUCUAAGUCAUAGGGAUGGAGCCUAUCCCAGUUUCCUAGGGAGCACCCUGGAAAGAUGGCCAGUCCAUCACAGGGCUCUCUCACACACACAGGCAAUUUUGACUGUCCGUUUCACCUAACCUGCAUGUCUUUGAACUGUGGAGGAAUCCCAUGCUGACAUGGGGAGAACAUGCAAACUCCACACAGACAAGACUCCUGGCUUAGCUGGGACUCAAACCAUGGAACGUCCUACUGUGAGGCAACUGCUAUAACCGCUGAACCAAUGUGCCGCCCCUAACAAAUCAUUAGUUAAUAUUCAUAGCUUGAAAUAGUAAAAGAUAAAAUGCUUGUUAAUGUUUAUUAAUGAACUUAUUAAACACUACAUAAUGAUUAACCGAUCAUUAUUUAAUGUAAAUUAAAAUGCUUAUACAUAUUAUUAAACUUUAAAUUCAUAUUAUCAUACACUUCUUGAAAAUAUACAAAUGCCUUUAAACUUCAGUUCAUAUUUUACCUAAUGCACUUUUUUUUUUUACAUUUACAAAUGCAAAAAAAAAAAAAAAGGUGUUUGGUAGCUAUGAGUGAUCCAGAUGUUCAACAGAAAAUUUUACAACAUAAGAAUGACUGGUCUUACUUUCUAUUAGAUGUCUUAAACUAUGUUCUGGUGUCAAAAUAAUAAUAAUAAUAAUAAUAAUAAUAAUAACAAUAAUAAUAAUAGUAAUUGUUAGGUACAAUGUACUUAUUGUGUUCAUGUUCUAUUACAAAACACUCUUGCUGCUAUUGAGGUAUGAUUCAGGUAAGCUUAGGGACGGGUUUGGCUGUAUGGGUAGGUUUAAGGGUUGGUUAAGGGUACAGGGGUCAAUUUGAUUACUUUAAGGGAACAUGGUUCAAACUGUUUAUAUUACAUUGUUUUGAUAAAUGAACAAAUAUUUUCUUGAAAAUUGUUUUAUUUUCUCUUGUUGAUGUAUUAUUCAAAGAAUAUCCUUUUUUAGGAUAUAGUAUACUAAGGCCCGGUUUCACAGACAGGGCUUAGAGUAAACCAGGUUUAGACCUUAGUUUGAUUAUGACAUUUAAGUAGCUUUUAUAAAUGUGAUUUAGAAAAAAGAAAAGGAAAAAAAAAAAAAACAUUACUGGUGUAAUGGCAAGUUGGGACUAGGCUUAAGCCUUGUGUGUUAAACCAAUUGUUGAGGAAAUAAAAACGUUUUGCACCCAAA